GCGCGUCGCGUCGCUGCAGCCACGCAGUGCGUGGAUUCAGCCGCUUUGGCCGUGCCCGUUGCAUGCCGGGAAACGCAGUUCGCGAGUCCCGGAUACGUCGACAAUAGAUGACGGGACACACGUUGUACGUUCACAUCGGGUCCCGGCCCGCCAGAACCUGGGCGAUCCACGAUGCCGAGUUUGCCACGCUGCGUCAGCCCAUAGGCUUGCCCCCUGGGCAUUCGGGUGGACUACGAACACAAACUGAAGCCCUACGACUUGUCGCCCGUUUGCGCUCUCGCCGAGGCACAGGCUGCUCGCGAACCACCCUGCUCCGAAAACUAAGAGGUAGGUGGUAGCCCACUCAUCUGGUUACUGAUACAUCAGCUGACUGUCGGCAGGUCCUUGAGCAACUGGAGUGUGAAAUGGGACGGACGUCGAAGGACAAGCGGGAUGUCUACUACCGGCUGGCCAAGGAGAAUGGCUGGCGUGCUCGCAGCGCCUUCAAACUGCUACAACUGGAUAAGGAAUUCCAACUCUUCCAAGGAGUGACACGGGCAGUUGACCUGUGUGCAGCCCCGGGCAGCUGGAGCCAGGUGUUGAGCCAGAAGAUUGGGGGCCAAGGGUCCGGCCACGUGGUGGCUGUGGACCUGCAGGCUAUGGCUCCACUACCAGGUGUGGUACAGAUCCAGGGGGACAUCACCCAGCUGUCCACUGCCAAGGAGAUCAUCCAGCACUUUAAGGGCUGCCCUGCGGACCUAGUGGUGUGUGAUGGGGCUCCUGAUGUAACCGGCCUCCAUGAUGUUGAUGAGUAUAUGCAGGCCCAGCUCCUCCUAGCCGCUCUGAACAUUGCUACACAUGUCCUGAAGCCAGGGGGCUGCUUUGUGGCCAAGAUAUUCCGAGGCCGGGAUGUGACGCUCCUCUACAGCCAGCUGCAGGUCUUCUUCUCCAGCGUGCUGUGUGCCAAGCCCAGGAGCAGCCGGAACUCCAGCAUCGAGGCCUUCGCUGUCUGUCAGGGCUAUGACCCUCCCGAGGGCUUCAUCCCGGACCUGAGCAAACCCCUGCUGGACCAUUCUUACGACCCAGAUUUCAACCAGCUGGAUGGUCCCACCCGCAUCAUUGUGCCUUUUGUGACCUGUGGGGACCUGAGCUCCUAUGAUUCGGACCGCAGUUACCCACUGGACCUAGAGGGCGGCUCAGAGUACAAGUACACUCCACCCACACAGCCCCCCAUCUCGCCACCAUACCAGGAGGCCUGCACGUUGAAGAAGAAGGGGCAGCUGGCCAAGGAGAUCCGCCCCCAGGACUGCCCCAUCAGCAGAGUGGACACGUUUCCCCGGCCCCUGGCCGCCCCUCAGUGCCAUACCCUGCUGGCCCCUGAGAUGGAAGACAAUGAAAUGAGUUGUUCACCUUAACCCAUUACGCUGGCAAGCUGAUACAACUCAGAAACUGCUCAAUGUCAGGAAAACCGGAACUUGUUGAUGAACUUGUUUUCAAAAUACCAUCUCAUCAACGAGGCCUGGACAAACAAGCCCUGAGGAGGGAUCUGCAACAACCCUGAAGACAACAAGGAAAGAAACCAUAGAAGUCUGUCUGUACUGCAGUGGGAAUUCUUGAGUGAGGUCUUACCUCUUCUUUAAACCUCUUCAGGAGUGUCCUGAUUAUAUCCAGAAUUUUCCCUAAAGGCAGCGAUUCUUAACCUGGAUAGAAGCCAGGGGUAACCAUGAACUUGAUGGAAGAAAAUGUUACAUCUUUAUUUUCAGCAAUAAAACUGAAAUUUAGCCUUACUCCCAAGUUAUAAAUGCUGGCAACAAAUCACAAUAGUAAAAGCAGUACCUGGGAUUUUCCCGCCAAUACAAACCAGUUACAGCAACCGUAAUGUAACAUAAAAAGGACAUCUUGAAGUAUUGUUCAUAUUUGUCACCUCUUGGAAUGAUAGCAGAUCCUAUAAGUUGAUGUAUUAAUUAAAAAGCCCGUAUAUUACUGCA